AUUGCUUUUGCCUUUCUGAUUCUCACAUGUGUGGUGUUUUGGAGAGAGAAACAUGGCUACGUCCGAAUGUGAGGUCCAGAUAGUUCCUGCUAAAAAGCCUACAGUGCGAGGACCCCGACGGGUAGCCAAUCAAAUUCCAGAUGAAAUCCUUCAAGACCCCAACCUACAGGAGGCGAUCAAAGCUUUGCCUCCAAAUUACAACUUUGAGAUCCACAAGACUGUUUGGAGAGUUAGACAAGCAAAUGCAAAAAGAGUGGCACUGCAGCUACCAGAGGGCCUGCAGAUGUUUGCCUGUGUCAUCGCCGACAUCAUUGAGAGGUUCACGGAGGCAGAUACAAUCGUGAUGGGGGAUGUGACAUAUGGCGCCUGUUGUGUGGACGAUUUCACCGCCAGAGCUCUGGGAGCUGACUUCAUGGUGCACUAUGGACACAGCUGUCUCAUCCCCAUAGACUCCACUGCAGGUAUAAAGAUGCUCUACGUGUUUGUGGACAUCCAGAUGGACAAUGGACACUUCCUGGACACGGUCAAGUUCAACUUCACUCCCGGGCAAUCUCUGGCACUCGUCAGCACUAUUCAGUUUGUGGCAGCACUGCAGGCCGUGAGUUCAGCGCUAAAGUCGGACUAUGAUGUGCUGGUCCCACAGUGUCGACCUCUGUCCCCAGGAGAAAUUUUAGGCUGUACCUCCCCUCGCCUGGACCGCCAUGUUAACGCCAUAAUUUAUCUGGGAGAUGGGAGGUUUCAUCUGGAAUCAAUCAUGAUCGCAAAUCCAGAUAUCCCUGCCUACAGAUAUGACCCCUACAGCAAGGUGUUCAGCAGAGAGUACUAUGACCACGAGGCCAUGCGUUCCUUAAGGCUCCAGGCUAUCGACAAGGCUCGAUCAGCCCAGAGAUGGGGCCUGAUCUUGGGCACGCUGGGCCGGCAGGGCAGCCCAAAAGUGCUGGAGCACCUGGAGUCAAGGCUGCAGUCACUAGGCAAGGCUUACACUCGAGUUCUACUGUCUGAGAUUUUCCCCUGCAAGUUGGAUCUGAUGCCAGAUGUGGAUGCGUGGGUGCAGAUCGCUUGUCCACGCCUCUCUAUUGACUGGGGCACAGCCUUUACCAAACCCCUGCUGUCUCCAUAUGAGGCAGCUGUAGCUUUGCAGGAGGUCGGCUGGAAAGAAGUCUACCCCAUGGACUUCUACUCCAAUCAGAGCCUGGGGCCGUGGGCGCCCAAUCACCCUGACAACCAGCCCGCACGACCCGCUCGCAGACAGAACCAGAAACAAGGCUCGGAGCCAGCCCUUCCUCCCAAGCAGUGUGGGCAGGACCGGUGCGCCCCCUGUGGCUGCAAAGGAGAAUGACACAUCAGGAUGAGUGCCUUGUGUUUGUGACUCGUCUUGUGCCUGCUCUCUGUAAUGGCUGGAGGGAGGUCAGACCAGAGGAGGAGGAGAAGUGGGUAUGUGCCCAGACAGUCUAUCAACGAAGCAGAGCUAAAGCCAGAGGAAGCCCUCAGCCGCUCUUCAAACGGAUUACCAGCCAUAAAUAAUCCCUCGUCUUACAGCACAGCAGAUCAAACUAAAAUUCAUUGCUCUUAUUCACGUUCUCCCUGCAUGGGCUCUGAGCUCAAAAAUGCACACAGCUGAGAGAAUAACUGUGUGUUUAUGAGCUCGUUUGUCAAAAAAUACCCAUGAAGGAGCUGUUUUGUGCUGUGCUAUGAAAAGAGUUCUUCCUGCACAGGACAAAAUGUGUGGGCCUUUCUGUAAUAGAGACGAGGUUCAUGUUAUUGUUAGGGAGAGAAAGUGUGAGAUGACCUUGAGCACGUUGUUUAGAAUUUAAAGUAUCUGUAGAUGUGGGAGGUUUGAGUCAAACUUGUCCUUGGAUGAAGCACUGUAUGUAGACACUUCAAAUGUGGUUACCUUCGUGCUCGAUUCAAAAAGUGAGAAGAAGCACUUUGUUUGAUGUAUAUUAUGUGACUUUCUACAAGAAUAUUCUCUUAAAAUGAUGUGAUUGUGAUGAAAUACAUUCUGACAAACCCUCCUCUGUCUGCCUCAUUUUCUAGUUACAGUCUAAAACAAUAAAAUUUAA